AUGCCUGCCGAUUUACGAGCAUUGAGCAAACAAGAAUGUUUUUAUUUCAAUACCCUACACAACGUGGUUGAAUUUGUGGAUGGCUACGAUCAGGAGCAUGACGCCGGCCAGGUAGCGGGGUGGAAAGACCGUUUAGAUGGAAUUUUUGAAAAUUUCUUGAAAAAUCGCCUGCAGAUCGAUCUGCAGCAAGAUGGUGAUACACAAGACGCGAAGGAACAGGAGGAAAUCAGUCGAAAAACACGUGAGCAGUUUGAGAAGUGCUAUGUGAAAGUAAUAGGUUUUUUGGUAAAUGCUGAACGCGAGACUAAGUCACAGCUACUCAGCAACGUAGAAGUGAAUGCUUCUAAUAGUCAGACGAAGCAGAUUGGUAGAAUAAAGCUUCCGGAAGUCAAGCUUCCUACUUUUGACGGGUCAGUCACGGAGUGGCUGACAUUUCGAGACACUUUUAAGAGUCUAAUUGAUUCAAACCAUAACUUCUCUGAUGUCGACAAGUUCUCUUACCUUGUCGCAUCCCUUACGAAAGAAGCGAAGCGCGUCGUCGAAUCUAUAGACAUUACUGAAGCCAAUUACGCUAUAGCAUGGCAAACGCUAACCAAACGUUUUGAUAACAAGAAGCUGGUUGUCAAAACUUAUUUAGAUGCUCUACUUUCCGUGGAACCUAUUAAACGGGAAAACUACGAUUCUCUCUCUCGAUUCAUCGAUGAAUUCGAUAGGAAUUUGCAAAUGAUUCAGAAAAUGAACAUAGAUACCAACGGAUGGAGUGUAUUAUUGGCGCACAUCGUCUGCUCUCGUCUCGAUACAUCUACUCUCAAACAAUGGGAGAACCAUCACAAGUCAACAGAGGUUUCCAAAUACGAACAACUCAUCGAGUUCCUGCGUGGUCAUUGUAUAGUUCUUCAGUCUAUCGCACCUGUAAAGUCACGUCUCCCUGAAACAUCUCAAUUGGAUCUAAUAAAGGUUCCGAAAUCAAAGGUUAGCAUCGUUCAUUCCGUCAUCAGUUCUUCUGCGAAGUCGUGUGGUUUUUGUAAUCAGUCCAUCCAUUCACCUUUCAAAUGUGAGGUGUUCCGAAAGCUGUCAGUUCCUGAACGCUAUGAUUUGGUGAAGAAAAAGGCUCUCUGCAUCAACUGUUUAUCUUCAGAUCAUCAAAUUAGAAACUGUUCUUCUAGUGCCUGCCGCGUCUGCAGUCAAAGACACCACACAAUGCUCCAUCAGCCAGCUCCAUAUCACAAUUUUCUCCAACCAAAUGCUCCUAAACCCCACCAAACCCAGCUCACUACAAAUCAGAAUCAGAAUCAAACCCAAAUCGCUCAAUCUACCUCGCCGAACGUAAAUAAGACUUCCUCGCAACCUUCGCCCACUGAAGGUCAACCGUCAGUCUCAGGUUCGCUCAGCCAUUGCUCCACCUCCUUGGUCAGCAACUUUCAUCGGAUCCCAACGACUGUACUGCUGCAAACUGCUCUCGUUAAAGUCAUCGGAUAUUCUGGCAGAAUUCUGUGGGCUAGAGCAUUGCUCGAUCCUGCUUUGCAACUAAACAUACUCUCGGAGAAUUUAGCACAACGGUUACAGCUGCCAAGCACCAAAAAUAACCAUACCAUCGGUGGUAUCGGACAGUCUACAAUUGUGUCCACACACUCCAUCGCCGCUCACAUCCAGUCGCAUUGCUGUAAUUAUAGUACGCAGCUGAAAUUCCAUAUUUUGAGUUCCGUAACCCGUGAGCUGCCCGCGAACCCCAUCGACGUUACUGAAUGGAAUUUUCCUACUGACAUCGUGCUCGCUGAUCCCCAGUUCCAUAUGCCUGGGGUCAUCGAUAUGAUCAUUGGAGUGGACAGUUAUUACGACCUACUUCUCGAGGGUCUCAUUCGCCUCGGUUCAGGGCAGCCGGUGCUGCAAAAUACAUUGCUUGGAUGGGUCGUGUCUGGUAGAGUCGGAACUAGCCGACCAGAUCCGAAAAUAGUCAGUAUCGUUCACGUGUGUACUCAGGAUUUCGACGAGAUUUUGGGAACUAGAAUCUUGCCAGUCAUCUAG